AUGACCAGACACAUGAGAACACAUACUGGAGAGAAACCUUUUACUUGCUCUGUUUGUAAGAAGAGUUUCUCCAGAAAAGUUGACAUGACCACACACAUGAGAACACACACUGGAGAAAAACUUUUUCCGUGCUCAGUGUGUCCCAAAAAAUUAUCCAUAAAUGAGCAAAUGAAAAGACACAUGAGAACACACACUGGAGAGAAGCCUUUUACUUGCUCUGUUUGUAAGAAGAGUUUCUCCACAAAGCCUGAAAUGUCCAUGCACAUGAGAACACAUACUGGAGAGACACCUUUUACUUGCUCUGUUUGUAAGAAGAGUUUCUCCAGAAAGCGUAACAUGACCACACACAUGAGAACACACACUGGAGAGACACCUUUUACUUGCUCUGUGUGUAAGAAGAAUUUCUCCAGAAAGCUCACCAUGACCACACACAUGAGAAUACAUACUGGAGAGAAACCUUUCACUUGCUCUGUUUGUAAGAACAGUUUCUCCAGAAAGCUUGACAUGACCACGCACAUGAGAACGCAUACUGUAGAGAAACCUUUUACUUGCUCUGUUUGUAAGAAGAGUUUCUCCAGAAAACAAUACAUCACCACACACAUGAGAACACACACUGGAGAGAAACCAUUUAGUUGCACUGUGUGUGAUAAAACAUUUAGGUUUAAGUAUCAGGUCAGUAAACACAAGUGUGUAACAGUCACGGAAGCUGCAGGGAUUUAAAAACACUUGAACAGUGAUUGUGCUAAAAGUAUUCUAAAAACACAACAUGUUUAAUAUGAAUGUAUAUUUGUUGUUGUACAUGUAGAUGCUUCUCAUCUUUUACUGUUAUAUGUUGUCCUGUACUUUUUAAGUUGUGUGCAUAUAUUGAAUAUUAUACAAGUAGCUACUAUUGUAUUCUAUUUUCUCAUUGCUGAAGAGAGGACAUCAUAUUAUUUUCAUUUGUUGUUUUCCACAAAUU